AAAGUGAUUCUGUCCAUGCACAAACACACUCAUACAGACACACGGUACACUCUGUCAGAGAGUCCACGGAGUUCCACGGUUGUACAUCGAGGUGAAGAUGGGCAAAAUAAAAACAACUGUUUAUUCCAUCAGCCUGAUGAUGAUGAUGAUGAUGAUGAUCACCGAAACAUCCGUCAGUUCCAGCAAAAAUGAAGUCGCGGACAUGUUUGCAACAGCUGCACCAUACAACUUAAACGGAAAGAUGUUCACGUUGUCUUCUAAUGGUCGAAGACAAGCAGGAGUGUCUUUCUACCCGCCUUACUUCACUUUCCACAAGAACAAAGUUUGGGCCGACCCGACCAGGGUUUACCCACAUGGAGCUUAUCGCUCCUGGGCCUAUCGAUCCUGGGAUGGCCCAACCAGACCAUAUCGCUCCUGGGCCUACUGGACUCGGGCCAAUCGUUCCUGGCCAGACCCAACCAGGGCCUACCCAACCAGGGCCUAUCGAUCCUGGGAUAGCCCAACCAGGCCAUAUCGCUCCUGGGCCUACCGGACUCGGGCCAAUCGUUCCUGGCCAGACCCAACCAGGGCAUACCCAACCAGGGCCUACCCAAACAGCGCCUACCCAACCAGGGCCUACCCAACCAGGGCCUACCCAACCAGGGCCUAUCGAUCCUGGGAUAGCCCAACCAGGCCAUAUCGCUCCUGGGCCUACUGGACUCGGGCCAAUCGUUCCUGGCCAGACCCAACCAGGGCCUACCCAACCAGGGCCUAUCGAUCCUGGGAUAGCCCAACCAGGCCAUAUCGCUCCUGGGCCUACCGUACUCGGGCCAAUCGUUCCUGGCCAGACCCAACCAGGGCUUACCCAACCAGGGCUUACCCAACCAGGGCCUACCCAACCAGGGCUUACCCAACCAGGGCCUACCCAACCAGGGCCUACCCAACCAGCGCCUACCCUAGCUGGACUACAGAAGCCCCCACUAAAGGUGUGACAGUGUGUCUGCGCUACUUGUUGGACAGCCAGACUUCAUCCCGCGACAUCUUCACCCUCAGCCCGACCAGCCGAGCCCCUUUGACACUGUCCUCAAGCUAUGACGGCAGCGACCUGAUGAUCUUGAGCUCCGUAUACUGGAGCAUGAGGCUCAAGGCCAACGUGAGGAUCUGGGCCGGAAUCAGGGACGACCUGUGGACCAGACUGUGCCUCACCGUGGACACUGUCAGGGGAGUCGUGCAGGUCUUCAGCGGAUCCUACAUGAGCAUCAGGAAGAUGGCACCUAGCAAGUAUGUGUGGUCAGGUGAGCCUGUGAUCGCCAUGUCGGGAGUGGACGGUCAGGUGACGGAUGUGCAGAUUUGGGACUACCCGCUUUCAUACAAUGACAUCUUCAAUUACAUGACCCCACACAACUACGGCUGGCCCAGAGGCUCUGUGCUGACGUGGUCCGACAUUCGGUAUACGGCGACAGGGCGCGUCCUGCUGGAGGACGUCUACGAGCAAAGGCAGGCGGCAAAGACCCGCAAGAAGAAAAAGGCAGCGCGGAAGAGCAAAAAGGAAUGAUUUCAAUGAUUGAGAUUUUUGUCCUCGCCUUGCCCAUUGUAAACCUUGGUGUAGGUUUGUUGUUGCUUCAGUGGAUCAUAAUAGAAAUUUAAAACACUUGAUUGACAGCCCCCACUCCUCCACCCCCGAUAAACUAACAGCUUCUUUUUUUUUAAACAUUGUUUCCACUAUACAUUUUUGUAAUCACCAAAUAGUAGAAAAUAAAGACAGAGCAUGAGUGACAUUUGGA